AUGCAUUUCUACCUCGAAUUAAUCGCGCUACGUCUAACGGUGACACUCAAGGCGCUACUGUUCAGGAAGGCCAUGCGUCGUAGUAUACAGAGCAAAGGCGGAUCCAAGACCAUGGACAUCUCCAACCUCUUUUCUUCGGAUGUUGACAGCGUGCUGUGGGCUGCCUUCCAGAUUAACAAUCUGUGGGUUAUGUAG